AUGGCACCGCAAGCCCCAGCACAAGACACCAACACGUCCCUCCAAGAGCCGACAUCACGAACCCCCCUGCCGUCACCGCCUCAAGAACGAAGCGCCCAGUCAGCAAAGCUCGCAGCCCUGCAUGCCCGACUGGCACUGUCCAACAAGAUCCCUCUGCAGACCGUUGCGCGAGCGCUCGUCACGCCGUCGGCCGACCCCAAUGGCAGCUUCAACAACGCCAACCUGGCCUUCCUGGGCAGCACCAUCAUCAACUACCACGCGCUCGAGUACCUCGUCUGCAAAUGGCCGCGCCUGCCAAUGGCCAUUCUGUACGAGGCUCUCCGGGCAUACGCGGGGCCCGAGUCGCUGUACCAGGUCUCCCGCCGAUGGGGCGUCGAGGCCGCCGCCGCGCCUGGCGGGGAGGUCGACCCCGGCCUGCUGCAGUGGAAACCUGAUGGCGAGCAGGUGGUGAGCACGCGGUGGGGAUACGUGCGAUCCGAGGUCGAGCGCAACAGCUCCUACAGGCGCGGCUUGAGCAGCCGCGUCGUCCUGGACGAUGUUUUUGGCGACGCGCUGGGCAGGCCCAACAGCGACGAGGCCCAGCAAGAGCCCGAGGUCUUGCUCCACGACGCCUUUGGGUCCUUUGUCCAGGCCGUCGUCGGCUCCAUCUACACGCACUGCGGCCGCGAGGCCGCCAGAACCUUUGUCAAGGCUCAUAUUCUGUCGAGGCAGCUGGAUCCCUCGUCGCUGUUUGAAUUUCAGCUGCCCACUCGCGAGCUGACCUUGCUCUGUGCCAGAGAAGGGUUCGAACCGCCCGUUGCCCGGCUGGAAAGUGAAACUGGUCGCAUGUCGCGAACUCCCGUUUACGUGGUGGGCAUCUACAGCGGCAAGGAGAAGAUAGGAGAAGCAGCCGGCCCGAGCUUGGAUAUCGCCAGACGCAAAGCUUCAAUGGGUGCCUUGAAAGCGUGGUAUAUGUACAGCCCUGGUAACAAGGUCCGCGUCCCCAGCGACAUGAUGGAGCCCGACGCGAAGCCAUGGCAAGCGCCGCACGUUGACAUUGGCGAAAUCAUCUAA